UUUUAGACAAUUUUCCGUCCCCCUACUUCUUCUCUUUCAGCAAAACCAGCUGAGUUCCAACGGCCAUGACUUUCAUGGCCUUGUCUUUCUCUUCACCUCUCUCUAUCUAUCCGCCUCGCCCCGCUUUCAUUCCUCUUCAUCUCCCUUCUCAUCAUUUUCCCGCUCUCUCUCCAAAACAUAGGAUAAGUAUCCAAUGCGCAACCAGAGACAACACAGAAGCAAACCCACCCGCAGCAUCCACCCAGAGCUAUGAUCCGAAGAAAGGAGUGCCGCUUUAUAAGCCUAAGUCAUACGAUGUUCUUGUAACCGACGCUGCUAACUCUCUCGCUUUUGCUCUUCAAGAUGGCAAAACCCGCCUCGAGAUUGAUUUCCCGCCCUUGCCAAGCAACAUUUCUUCUUAUAAGGGAUCUUCAGAUGAGUUCAUUGAUGCCAACAUUCAACUUGCCUUGGCUGUUGUCAGGAAACUCCAACAAAAAAGGGAAACUCGAGCUUGCAUAGUGUUUCCUGACAAGCCAGAAAAACGCAGGGCCUCUCAGCUUUUCAAAACAGCUCUUGACUCGAUUGAUGGUAUAUCUAUAGGUUCCCUUGACGAUGUCCCUAGUGGUGCUGUCACUACAUUCUUCAAAUCUAUCAAGAACACUCUGGAUUUUGAUUUUCAAGAUGAAAAUGAAGGUCGUUGGGAACCUAAGGAGCCACCAACUCUUUAUAUAUUUAUUAACUGUAGCACACGUGAACUUUCUGUUAUAGAGAAGUAUGUGGAGAUAUAUGCCCUGUCAACCCCAACACUUCUAUUCAAUCUUGAACUUGACACUUUGCGUGCUGACUUGGGUCUUCUGGGAUUUCCUCCCAAAGAUUUGCACUAUCGAUUUCUUUCUCAAUUCAUCCCAGCAUUCUAUAUACGAAUCAGGGAGUACUCCAAGACAGUAGCAGUAGCACCUUUUGUUGUGAAUUACAGUGGAGCGCUAUUUCGCCAAUAUCCUGGACCUUGGCAGGUGAUGCUUAAGCAAUCAGAUGGUUCUUAUGCCUGUGUAGCUGAGAGUGCAACACGCUUCACUCUUGGAGAGACCAAGGAAGAACUGUUGAGGGUCCUUGGAUUGCAAGAGGAACAAGGAAGCCAACUAGAAUUUCUUCGCAGAGGCUACAAGAAAUUAGGUUCACAUCUUGCGUGGGAUUACUCAAAAAUACACAUAUAUUUUGGCAACAUAGCGUGAAUAGAAAGAACCUAGGGAAAACAGGUUGGAAAUUAGGUUUCCUUUCCUGUAACCAAGUCAUCUAUUGUUGCAGACUUCCACUUGGUGGGAAGAGGAUGUUGACUUGGAAGCAUCUUCAGCAUGGCGUAGUUGAGUAGCCGAAGGACAGUUAACCACAAUGAGAUGUCACCGUAUAUAGAUGGUGAAGAUGCUUGAUAUCUUCUUUCAAACUUUUUCUCUUAUAUUUCCCUGUAAUUUAUGCCCUUCUUUUACUCAUGAGAAUAAGUAAAAAGAAAAUUCUUUUGCUUUCUUAUAGUCUUCUUGAUUCCCUCUAGUGGAGAAGACAUUAAUGGGGGGAAGAGAACUGCAAUUCAAGUUUGUUCAUAUGACUUAUUGAUAAAACAUCAGUCUUAUGUAAGGUUAAACUUAAAUUCCUGUUAGUUUUUGCAGUGAACUGUUUCAUGCCAUGUUGAACUAGUCUUUCCUGUUCUA